AUGCUUGUGGUGAACAGCUUUUGUCAAUUCCUUGGGGUCGUUCAAAACAACGUCCUUGCUUGGGCCUUGCAGACAGGCGCUCUUGAGGCUGGAAAUGCAGUGGGACCCUACGUGAUCAGCAUGGUUGGCUUUGGAAUGCUCUUUGUUGCGGCUAUUCCAGUUGGAUGUUACUCUGCCUUGGGGACCUUGAGAGACAUUCGGGACCUGGAGCCGCAAUUGAAGCAGUUCGAUGUUGAGCACUCUGAGUGCUUUUGCUGCUCCAACGAUCAUCGGCAUCCAGACACUGGCCAGAAAUUGCGUUGUGACCGACGCUUGGUCUUCCACACCUUGAAAGGGUGGUAUGGGGAAGCUGGGGACACCGCUGAUGAGCAUCUCAAACGCUUUUCCUCCACCGUGCAAACCAGCCUACGUCACAAAGUUUUGGAAGGCGCGGAUUCGGUGAUCUUUCCGAGCCGCGUCGUAGCGUGUAUGACUGUUGCUGCUUGUGCACCCUGGUUUUGCGAUUCACUGGCUUGGGCAAAGGCAUUUUGCCUUUUUCAGGAAGAGCUGGGUCCGUUCUCUGCUGCAUGGAGGUGCUUGGCUGUGGUGACACGUGAAUCCGGGUCCUUGCUGGCUACAGCUUUACAUUUUUGUUAUGAUUAG